UGCCUGUGUAUAACAGUUUAUACGUAUGUUUUCAUGCCCUUUCAUCGUUAUCCCACACUGGUGGUUGCUGGACAUUAUUUUUUCACUGUUUAUGUGGAUUUUAAUUUUUCCGGUUCAUCGAAACUAGCAGAGACCAACGCAGCCACCUGUGCUGGCAACCAAAGGCCCAGGUAUCCGGCCAGCUAGAAUCAAAGAAACAGUGAAUCCCCCCGCAGCGGCGACGGCGGGCGACAAGCAACAAGUUGGGCAGGAGGAGGCGACGACGACGGCCAAGGCGAAGGGGAGGCCCGUCAAGAUGCCGGUUAAGAUGUACGAUGUGACGGCGCGGGUGUUUAGUGCGAUGCAGAACCUGGACAUAACGCUGCUGGCCAGCUAUCCGGAGACGGAGAUACGGCCGGUGCUGCCUUCGCUGGUCCGCAUGAGCCUGCUGUCGCCGCUGGACAACACCGAGUCGUCGAUGGAGUCUCGCAAACAAAUCCUUGCGGUUCUCAUUGGCAUCGAGGUGGUGAACAGCAUUGUCUCCUAUCUACAAGUUAACUACCACGAGCUGGAGAAUGAGCUGAAAAAGGAACUGCAGACACGCCAGAAGGCAGCCUACUUUGAGGGCCAGCAGCAGCACGAAUAUGGCCUGCAAUCGGGCAUUGCUCUGGGCUUUGAGCGAGCGGAUGUGGCGCGCAAGGUUCGAGUAGUGCUCUCCGAGAUCUUCAAUCUGCAGCAGCAGGUCCAGGAGCAGAAGCCGGCGGCCCAUUCCGAAAUGCUGGACGAUGGCAUCUAUUUGGAGGAAGUUGUCGACAUUCUAUGCAUCGCCCUGGCCGAGUUGCCUUCGCUGCUUAACAUCCUGGAGCUAACUGAUGCCCUGGUGCAUGUGCCCAACGGUCAUCGCAUCAUUUGUGCUCUGGUGGCCAACUUUCCCGACUGCUAUCGCGAUGUGGUUUCGCAUGUGAUUGCCAACUGCGAUGAGGAGGGCAGCGAUGGCAAGCAUCGGUUGACUCUGCUAAUGGCUCUCAGCGAGAUGAACCCUUCGCAGGCGCUGGCUAAUCGCUCUAUGUGCGUGGAGAUGCUCAAGGUGCCGUCGUUUAUGCUCAAGCUAACGCUUAAGCAUCCCGAGGAUCUGAUUGCCUUUCUCACCGGUCUGCUGCUGGGCAACGAUCAAAACCUGCGGUCCUGGUUUGCCGUCUACAUCCGUUCCAGCCAGAAGCGGAAGGGGGAUGCCCUAAAUCUGGUGCGUGUGGAGCUCCUGCAGAAGGUGAUACAGACGACGAGCAGGGCGGCUGAGCUGCCCGACUUUAAUUUACAGGGAGCGGUGCUGUUGCGCUUGUACUGUGCGCUCCGUGGCAUUGGCGGUCUCAAGUUCAACGAUGACGAGAUCAAUGCACUGUCCCAGCUCGUGACCAGCUGUCCAAAGGCUACGCCUUCGGGCGUGAGAUUUGUUACACUGGCCCUAUGCAUGCUCAUUGCCUGCCCCUCGCUGGUGUCCACCAUACCGCUGGAGAACAAGGCUGUGGAGUGGCUGCAGUGGUUGAUACGCGAGGAUGCCUUCUUUUGCAAACGCUCCGGUACCAGCACCUCGCUAGGUGAGAUGCUCCUCCUGCUGGCCAUCCAUUUCCAUAGCAAUCAGAUUGCCAAUAUCAGUGAAAUGGUCUGCUCCACGCUGGCCAUGAAAAUACCCAUACGACCGAACAGCACCAAUCGAAUUAAGCAGCUAUUCACGCAGGAUCUCUUCACCGAGCAGGUGGUGGCCCUGCAUGCAGUCCGGGUGCCGGUGACGUCAAACUUGAAUGGCACUUUGCCGGGCUAUUUGCCAGUUCACUGCAUCCAUCAGCUGCUCAAGUCGCGGACAUUUCUCAAGCACAAAGUACCGAUCAAGUCGUGGAUCUUCAAGCAGAUCUGCAGCUCGGUGCGUCCUGUGCAUCCGGUGAUGCCAGCCAUGGUCGAGGUGUUUGUGAAUACGUUAAUUAUACCAAAUCCCACUGGCAAGGUAAACAUCGAUCAUAUGCACCGGCCCUUCACUGAGGCGGAGAUUCUGCAUGUCUUCCGCACCUCCCAGCUGACGUUCUUUGCCGAGGAACUGCCACCGAUGGCGGAGAGCGAGGAGCUGGCCCAGAUUGAGGUGAGUUGCCCGCUUACCGCUCAGCUGCUAAUGAUCUACUAUCUGAUGCUGUACGAGGACACGCGCCUGAUGAAUCUGAGCGCUCUGGGUGGGCGCAAGCAGAAGGAGUACUCCAACAACUUCCUGGGCGGCCUUCCGCUCAAGUAUCUGCUGCAAAAGGCACACCAUUAUCAUCACGACUACCUCUCGCUCUUCCAUCCGCUGCUACGUCUCAUCAUCUCCAACUAUCCGCAUCUCAGCAUGGUCGAUGACUGGCUGGAGCAGGAGCACAGUCAGGCGCAAGGCGGCAGCGCAGCAAUCACCACCACCAUCUCCACUGUAACCAAGCAGCAACGCGAACUGAAGCCACACCAGCUGGAUCGCGCCCUGGCCGCCAUCCAAACGAAACCACAUCUGGCUAUUCGGGUGUUUAAGCAGCUGCUGCUUCUUCCACCGGAAUCUCUGGCCCAGUAUGGCCAGCAGUUGGUGCAGCAUCUGCCUCUGGUGUUUGCCAAACCUGUGCCGCGUUACAUUAAGGACCUGUACAAUGAUAUUUGGCUGCGUCUAAACGCUGUCCUGCCCACCACCCUGUGGAUAAUGUCGCUGCGAGCGAUCACCAACGGCUCGGAUUCGCUGACAAGGCGGACAUUUGCCAACGAGAGCCUGCUGGAGCCAAUGGAGGUGCUCAGCUGUCCCCGCCAAGUCUUUUGCUCACCCUACCUGCUGAUGAUCCUGCUGCGCAUCCUCAAGGGCAGCCUGGCCGCCUCGAAGACAUACCUCAAUGUACACAUGCAGCAAAAGCAGGUGGUGGACAAGAAUGGCCUAGUGCAGACCGAUGCCGAUCGGGAGGAGCUAAAGACCACUUUGAUUGCCUCGCAGGAAAGCGCCGCAGUUCACAUUCUGCUCGAGGUGCUGGAAUAUAUGGCCAGCAAGGCCAACGAUCGUGUGUCGCAUCUGGAAUUACGUGAAAUUCAGGGCAUUAUCGGAACGUAUGUGCAUCAGGCCUUCAUUUCGGAACCCUCCCUGGCCAAGCUGGUGCAUUUUCAGACUUACCCCAAGUCGGUCAUCCCUAUGAUUGUGGCCAGUGUGCCGUCGAUGCACAUAUGCAUUGAUUUUGUUCACGAAUUCCUCAAUGUCACCGAAAUGGAUAAGCAGAUCUUCACCAUCGAACUAACGUCGCAUCUGGUUCUUAAUUACUCCAUUCCCAAGAGUCUCGGUGUGUCCAAGUUCUGCCUGAAUGUGAUCCAGACGACGUUGUCGCUGCUCACCGCCUCCACCAAGUGCAAGUUCCUGCGGAACGUAUUGCCGGCAAUGGUGCGAUUUGUCGAGACGUUCCCCAUUCUAGCCGAUGACUGUGUUAACAUCCUGAUGACCACCGGUCGGAGUCUGCACUCGCAGUCGUCGCUUGGCGUGACCACCAUGCAGAUGCCGCUCACAGAGAGCGCCAAGCUGUGUUCGUAUAGGGAUGCCCAACUGCAUAUUAUCAUGAUCGAGGAUGCAUUCAAGGCGCUGGUCACCGCAGUCAUGCAGAAAUCUGAGUUGUAUUAGUCUAACCCCAAUCCCUGUAAGAAUCCCCCCUUCCUGCUCAUUUCUCCAGCUAAAUAUAAUAGUGUUUUGUACAAUUGAUAAAUGAAAACAGUAAGAUUUGACCAAAA